AUGCUGAGCAGCAUGCCUACUUUUCUCUGUUACAUGAGAAUUCGAUUUCUUCUGCCAUUAAAGGGUCUAUAUUGGUUGGAUGCAAUUUUUUGUCAACAUUUUAAGAGAGUUUAUAUGGAUCUUGAUCGGAAAGUCAAAGUGGCAAUGCGAUUGGCGGAACUGUACAAACCCUAUUUAUUGUUUAAGGGCAUAUUCGAUGACAAAAAUUCAGAAAAAUUGCGAGUGGCAGCAAUGGAGAUGGGUUUAAAUGUGGAUGAGUUUGGAUUUGAUCCCAAAUGCAUUGACUGGGAAGAUUAUUUCAUCAACAUUCACCUUCCUGGCCUUGUACGAUAUGUAAUGAAACAAUAAAUUUUGCCGUUAAAUAUUUUAUAUGCUACUCUUUCUUAGUUGACAAUUGGUAUGAUGUAAUUGACUUUGAAUGUAAUGUCUUAACGAAUAAGAAGAGUUGUAUGCAUAAAAAAAAAAAAAGUAUUUAAUGAACUAGUUUGGGUAGU